UGGAUUAUAAAAACCCCUGGAUUAUUCAAUUGAUUUCAUGUUUCAUCAGUGCUUUGUUUCUUAGGUGAUUUGGUUCUGUAUUUUUCUUGAGAUACAAUAAAAAUGGCAACCGUUGAAGUUGCAAAGAACAUGGGACAAUCAUCAGAAACCAAUGAUGAAUCAUCCAAGGGAUUUGAUGCUCCAGACACCAAUGCAUUUGGACAUUCAUUCAGGAGCUAUGAUGCUGAAAGUGAAAGGCAAAAGGGUGUAGAGGAAUUCUAUAAGCAACAACACAUCAACCAGACAUAUGACUAUGUGAAGAAAAUGAGAGAGGAGUAUGGAAAAUUCAACAAAGGAGAAAUGAGUAUAUGGGAAUGUUGUGAGCUUCUCAAUUCAGUGGUGGAUGACAGUGAUCCUGAUUUGGAUGAACCUCAAAUCCAGCAUUUAUUACAAUCUGCUGAAGCUAUUAGAAAAGAUUUUCCCAAUGAAGAUUGGAUGCAUUUGACUGCUCUUAUUCAUGGUGACACAUUCCCCGUUGGGUGUGCUUUUGAUAAGUCAAAUGUUCACUAUAAGUAUUUCGAGCAAAAUCCUGAUUUUCACAACCCUAAAUAUAACACUAAAAAUGGGAUUUAUGAAGAAGGAUGUGGACUAGACAAAGUAAUGAUGUCAUGGGGUCAUGACGAUUACAUGUACAUGGUUUGUUUGGCAAAUGGAACUACUUUGCCUCCACCAGCAUUGUUCAUUAUCAGAUAUCACUCUUUCUACCCUUUACAUAGGGAAGGAGCAUAUAAACAAUUCAUGAAUGAAUCAGAUCAUGAGGGUUUGAAGUGGCUCCAUACAUUCAACAAAUAUGAUCUCUACAGCAAGAGCAAAGUCAAAGUUGAUGUUGAAAAAGUCAAGCCUUAUUACAUGUCUCUCAUUAACAAGUAUUUCCCAGAAAAGCUUAAGUGGUGAAAACAUAAUUACCACCAGGGACUGAUCGAAUUUGCCUUCAUGAUUCAGCUUUCUAGCUAUUCAUCUUUGUUUCCAGCAUGGUUGAGUG